AUGGAAAACAUACUAGGAUCGGGUGACUCCAAGCAACCAGUGACAGAUGAGGAACGUGAACAACUUGCUAAACGUCUUGAUGAAGAUUUAGAUAAUUUUAUAGACAAUCUACAGAAAACACCAUAUAAAGAUGGUUGGAAAGAAGAGACUUGGCGUGAGGAAAUGGAAAAGCACCCAUUUUUUAUGACUAAGCCUCCUGAACCAGAAGAUCAACCAUCCCCCUUAGUCGAGGGCUUGCAAAAUCUUCGGUAUGAUCCAGAUGAUAACACUCCCGAAGAGUUGGCCACUAAACAUAAGGAUGACGGAAAUUUUAAUUUUAAGUGUCGUAAAUAUAAAUUGGCCAUAAUGUCAUAUCAAGAAGGCCUUAAACUAGAUUUUCAAAAUAAUGAACUCCGUGCUCAAAUGUUCAAUAAUAUGUCUGCUUCACAUUAUUUUUUAAAAAAUUUUAGAUCAAGUUUGACAGCUGCUGAACAAGCUCUCAAAUUGAAAGCAGACUAUGAAAAAACCAUAUUAAGGGCAAUAAAUUGUUGCAUUCAGUUGAAAGAGUUUGAUAAAUGUUUAGAUUUUUGUGAUAAAUAUUUGGAAUUUGUACCAGAGGAUAAUAAUGUUAUAAAAAUAAAAAAAGAAGCAAUCAAAUCUAAAAAAAUCAUGGAGAUGGAAAAAAGAAAAGUUACAAAGAUUCAAAAACAAAAGGAAGCGGAUCAAGCAAGGUUGUUAUUUGAGCUUAAUAAAAGACAGUUGCACAUAAUUGGCAAAAAAGAUGGUCCGAUUAAAGAAUUAGCAAUACUUGAUCCAAGAGUGCCUGGUUUAGUACAGCCAGUACAUUUAGUCGAAAAUCGUCUUGUGUGGCCAGUUGUUUUUUUAUAUCCUGAGUAUAAAACUUCUGAUAUGAUCCAAGAGUUUUAUGAAGAUUCUACGUUUUAUAUUCAUUUAAUAGAAAUGUUUUCUGAAAGACCAGAAUGGGAUAUUGAUGGAAAAUACAAUGCGGAUGUUGUAAAUGUUUAUUUUGAAAUUGUAAAUGAACACAAGGCUGGCACAAAAGUUACAAAAAUAGAUGCAAAAUCAUGCACAUUGUUUGAAGCAUUGACAUUACUGAGGUGUCCAAUUGACAAUGGAACACCAGUGUUUUUGAUUUUCAUUGCCGGAAGUCAGUUUGAGAAAGAAUUCUUAGCAGAAGUACCGUAA